GGCCAGGGCUAGCAGUGAGCAAGGUGUUCAGGUAUUUCCUGGUUGGCAUUGCGCUUACACUAAACUGAAAGCAAAUAACAAGGGCGUCGAGAAAACAAGGAAGAAAGCUCAUGGACGGCGCUGUGAGUUUUGCAGGCUGGCGCGCUGUAGAAGACAGCAAGACACUUUCAGAGGAUGAAGAGCCGAAAUCGGGCCGUGUGUACACCAUGUACCAUGGCACACACAUCGACAACGCUGAAGACAUCAUCGUCAACGGCUUCAAGCCGUCCACACGCGGAAUGCUGGGGAAAGGCGUGUACGUGAGCCGCAAUAUCAAGAAGGCCCGGUGCUACCCGCUCCGAACCGACAAGCGCGACCAGGUCGUGUUCAAGCUCAAGGUCAGCGUCGGCAAAGUGAAAAAAAUCGACUGCGACAACCAUCCACUGCGCACGACCUGGCACGACGACGGCUACGACUGCGCCUGGGUGCCUCCACGCAGCAAUAUCUCUGCGAUCAAAUCCGGACGAGAGGAGGACUGCGUGUGGGACCCGACACGCAUCACUGUGGUCGACGUGGCGUGUUGCGUGGAUGAGGGGAAACGACGCAAGCUGCGUAAUCUCAUCCGCAGCCACGUGCGCAGCGACGAGUGCCCCUCAUGCCGCCAGAGCUCUCCGGACUUACCGCACGACGUGCGGGACUGCUGGGCAUGCGGGAGCAGGAUUUGUCCGUUUGAAAAAGAGCAUGUGUGUAUGACGCAGUAACAUAUCCGGUGAAAGUUCCCUACAUCCGGUCCUGGAGGUCCAGCACAGUGAGGUAUGCUGAACUGAGGGCCUCCCAGGGCUGGAUCUGGGGAACUCUGCACUGUCAGUAAAAAAAAAAAAAAAAAAAAAAAAAGUACUACCUUUCCUUGUCGCUUAGGUGGUUCUCUCAAGAUUACACUAAAAGUUUUACAUUAAAACCUAUUUAUCCAUUUAUGUACCAUAAAUACUUUUAAAUAUACACUAUAUCCAUGUUCCCAUGUGACAGAGACAUAUUCACAGUAAAAAAAAAAAAAAAGAUAUAUCCUAAGGUCCUGUAUCAUAGAUAAGGAAAGGUAGAGUUUAACAGCCCCUUUUUUUUUCUGAGAAUGUGGGUAGUCAGUCACUGUGGCCUAUGCAGCUCAGACAGUUACGUCUGUUUACAUGUCAGACUCAGCUGAUAAAAAACAUGAAGAGUUCUUCUGUGACACACCAUUUAUACAUAAUAUAUUUUCUAUACAAUAGGGUAGAAUUUUCUUUGUCUGUGGUGGUCAGUGUCUUUUUACCUUUGAAAGUUUCUCUUAUUCGUCUUAUAUCUAUGUUUUAUUUAUGUUGUUAUAAUUAAUGAGAUGACUAAUCACUGUGUUAACUAACCUAAUUAAAACAUAACCUAUAGCCUAGAGAUGUAGAGGUGUGCAUAAGGACCAGAAUCCCACAAUAUGCAACAAAAAUUCACUCAAGUGGAAGAGUUUUGCUUUCAUACUUUCGUACUUGCUAAGAUCAUGGUACAAAGAUUUAUGAAUAGGAGACACACAGUUCUUUUUUGUCUAUCAUCAGUGGUUUGCUCCAGUAGCCCGACCUAAAUACUGGCUUUGUCACAUAUUUCUACCAUAUUUUUGUACAAACUGGCCCGAAAUGCACAAAAUAAAUAUGCUUUUAUUUACUGUAAAGUGCCUGGUCCAUAGCGCAGUAUGCACAGGGCAGCAUAUCUCUGCUGGGUGUCCAAAAAAUACUUAUUUAAUUAAUUUGAAAAAUAUUAGCAUGUAUGUUAAUUGUGUAUGUUUUUGAUUGUUCUUAUUUGAAAAUUCUCUGUUGUUAUUAAAAGAAAAUAUUCCCGGAAAAUCUUACAGACGUUAUACUGAAAUGCAGGACCCUGUUUAGACGAGCAGCAGCAUUGCGCCCCAGCUUCAUAUUAGAAUCUUUCUGGAAUGUAAUAAACCCAAAAACUGAAGUAAAUCUGAUAAAAUAUUA